AUGUGUAUGUUUAUGUUUAUGAAUGGCACUUUUAUUAAGUAAUUAACUAGAUUCUUUUUAUUUAAUGGAAGAGCGGAGAAAAGGCUUAGAAACCCAAGCAUUAAAAUAAAAUAAAAAUAAAUAAGAAAAAAAUCUUUACUGAAAAAAAAGUAAAAAAAACUUGAAUUUAGUUUCAGAGAAGAAUAAAAAAAUAUAAAGAUGCAACAAACUCCUCAAAUAAUCAGUAACUCAUAAGUCUUUAACAAGAAUGAGUUUUACCAAAAAGGAUUUUUAACUCAAUCUUAAAUUAGUUAAACUCCCCAUGGUAUUCAUUAGGUUACUACCACUGAAUAUCCUAAGGAUUCCACCAUUGUUAAAUUGAUUUCAUCCAAUGCUCCUGGUGCAGUCACCCAAGUUAGUCCUAGCUUCCAAGUUUAAAGCAGAGUCCGUGCUAGCAACAGACACUCAACUCCUCCUGGACAUUCUAGAACCAUCAUUCGUCAUAGCGAAUCCCCUCUUAGAUAUGUCACUGAAUCCAUUUCUCCUGGUCGUACCACCACUUAUCAAGAUAGAUAGAUUCCUGUUGCUGCCGUCGUCAAAGAAUAGAUUCCUCUCUAUAUCAUCGAAUAACAAAGAUAGCCAGUUCAAAUCCAAGAAAGAGUUGUUGAAGUUGAAAAGCCUAUCUAUAUUGAGAAGAUAGUCGAAAUAGCUACUGACUAAACCCUCUAAGUCCAAUAAUUGAGUGAAAGAAUCCAAUUAUUAGAAUAAACUAACUAGUAACUCGCUUAAGAACUUGAACUUUAUAAAAACCAAACACCACAAUAACCUCAAGUUAUCCAAGUAGAAAAUAACGAAAGAAUUAUUUUAUUAGAAAGAGAAAUCGAACGUUUACAAGAAGAAGGCGAAAAAAGAAAGAAGGCUGGCAGAUAGAAUGAGAGUGAAAUGUUAAAAGCUAACAAUGACCGUGAAGAAAAGAUUAGAGAACUCAUAGCUCAAAUUGAAUAAUUACACGCUCUCUUGAACGAAAAGUAAGAAUAAAUUAAUAGCCUCAACAUCAGAAUCACCCAAAUCCAAAACAAUGAAGUUCGUCAAAGCGAUGCUCGUUCUAACGAUUACAUGUCAAAGAUUAACACUCUUACUUUAGAAAUCGAAAGACUCACCAAGCAAAUGAAAUUAAGCCGUGAGUAAUACGAUGAAGAUAUGUAAGCCAAGCAAGCUUAGAUUCUCGGUCUUAAUAGCAAGCUUUCGGAAUACGAAAAUAGAUUUGUCUUCCUUAAUGCCGAGUUAGAAAGACUUAGAAACAAUCAAAGCGACAACGUCAGAAUUAACUAAUUGGAAACCAGAAUUAGAGAAUUAGAAAUUAUCAUCUAACAAAAGGAUGGCUAACUCAAUGAUUGGAGAUCCAAGUUCGCUGAAAUGGAAAAGGCAUUGACCAUUUAUAAGCAAUACGAAAGCAAGCUUUAUGAAUGUGAAAACGUCAAUAACUAACUCAGAAAAAAGAUUGAAGAACUCAUGUUUGAAAUCGAUAGAUUAAAUAACUUAGUCAACCAAAAGGAAAGCGAACUCCAACGUUUGAGACUUGAAGUCAACAGCUUGACUGUCAACAUCAGAUAAUCUGGAGUUAACUAAUAAGAAGAAAUUAACAGAUUAAAUGCCCUCGUCUAAGAGCGUAACUAAUAAAUCCAAUUCUUAAACCAAAAGGUUUCUGCUUUUGAAGAUAGAAUUCGUGAACAAGAAGGUCUCAUCCUUUAAUUAUAAAAAACCAUUCAAGAUUUACAAGGUCAACUUGAAAAUAACGAAAGAGUAAAGAGAUCUGCAAAGAAUGACAAUUAAUAAUUAGAAGACAAGAUUAACUAAUUGACUCAAGAAAAUGCUCGUUUAAUUGAUUAAAUUCGUCUUAGAGAUGAAGAAAUUUCCAAGCUUAGAGUAUAAUACACUCAAUUCUCUCAAUAUGAAAUUAAGCUUUAAGAAUGUGAAAUUAACAAUGCUCAACUCAGAAAGAGAAUUGAAGACCUUUACCAAGAAGGAGUAAAGAAGUCAUAAAGAAUCACUGAACUUGAAUAAGCUCUUCGCGAAAGUGGAAGCUUAUAAGAAAAGCUUCUUGCUGCCAAUCAAGCCAUCGAAGCCCUCUAACGUAGAAAUAGCUAACUUGAAAACGAAUUAAAUUAAGCUCGUUUGAGAAUUAACGAAUUAGAAAACUCCAGCAGAACUAUUUAAGAACUCCAAAUUCGUAUUCAAUCAUUAAUUGAAUCUAACGAACGUCUCAACCAACUCGUCAAUCAAAAGGAAGCUGAACUCCAAAAAUUAAGACUUGAAGUCAAUCAAUUAAAUAUCCGUAUCACCUAAGUCGGUGCUAGCAGCGAAGAACUUAACUUAAGAAUUCGUGAAAUUGAAUAACUUAAAUAGAGAAUCAGAGAGCUUGAACAACAACUUAUCAAUUUACGUACUUUUGAAAGCAGAUAUGCUGAAUUAGAGUAAGUAAACAUUUAACUUCGUUAACAAAUUGAAGUACUCUAAAGAGCUCUUUAAGACUUACAAAACUAAGUCAAUGAUGAAAAGGUCAAGAAAUCAAGACAACAAAACAAUCUUGAUGAUGCCAUCCGUGAUAGAAAGUCUCUUGAAGAAAAGUUGGUACACUUGACUACUUAAGUUGACUUCAUGAACAGAAAGAUCCAAGGCUUAGAAUAAGAAAACGCUAAUCUCCGUCAACGUAACUCUUAAUUAGAAUCUGCCAGUAUCACUAUCACUACAUUGGAAGGAAGAAUCGGUCAACUCACCCAAACCAUUGAAAACCUUAACAGAAUCAUUGUUGAAAAGGACUAACAACUCAACAAUAUCCGUUAAGAAAACAGCCAACUCCAAAUCAACAUCCGUCAAUCUGGUGUUAACCAAGAAGAAGUUCUCCGUCUCCGUCGUGAAAUCGAUGAAUUAAAGAGACUCCUCCAAGAAAAGGAAACCAUAAUUAUUCAACUCCGUCCUUACUAAGAAAAGCUUAUUGAAUGCGAAAAGAAUAAUGCUGAAUUACGUAUCCGCAUUGAAUAGGUAAUCAACCAAUACAAUGAUGAAAACGUUAAGAGAUCUCGUGUUAAUGCUUCUGCUGAAUAAGCUUAACGUGAAAAGGCUCUCCUUGAAAGCUAAAUCUCAUAAUUGAAAAUCACCAUUGAAAACUUAAGCAAAAACCAAAUCUUGCAAGAUUAGGAAUUACAAAAGUUACGUUUAAGAAACUCUGAAUUAGAAAAUGUUACUAGAUCUUCUGGUACUUAUGAAAUUAAGAUCACUGCUCUCUCUGAAGAAGUUAGCAAGCUCAGAGCCCUCUUAGCUUAAAAGGACAAUGAAAUCAAUCAACUCAGACUUGAAAAUCAAAACCUUGCCCUUAGCACUCGUCAAUCUCAAGUCUUCUAACAAGAAGUUAAUCGUUUACAAGAAUCUGUUAACAGAUUGAGCAGAGAAAACGAAGAACUCAGAUCUCGUAUCCGUGAAAUGGAAAUCGUUAUCUUAUAACUUAAGUAGAGAGAAUAAAGAAUCAAUGAUCUUGAAAACGAAAAUGCUCAACUCCGUAGAAGAAUCGAAGAUUUACUCGGCUAAGUCAAUGACGAAAAGGUUAAGAAGUCUGCUAAAGAUAACAGAUCUGAAUAAGAAUUAGCUGAACUCAGAGCCAAGCUUGCUGAAUCUCAAAACAACAACCAAAAGCUCGUUUUUGAAAACACUCGUUUGAGCGAAUAACUCUAACUCAUUGCUAAGGACAAUGAAAAGCUUCGUCAAACCAUUAUUCAACUUGAAUAAACUCUUGCUUCAUACAAGACAUUUGAACUUAAGGUACAACAAUACGAAAGAACAAUUGCUGAAUUGAACUAGAGAGUCUAAGAACUUAUCACCUAAGUCACUGAAAUUAAUGAUGACAGACUUAAGAAACAAAGAAUUAUUGCUGAAAAUGAAGCCAAAUUGAAAUAAUUCGACUUAUUAUAAGAAAGAAACAACCAACUCAAUCAAUAGAUUGAUCAACUCAACAUUAGAAUCAGACAAUUGGAAAGCUAACUUGCUCAAUAUGCCCAAUUCAGCAACCUCGCUCAAUAGAACGAAUAACUUAUUGCUAGAGUUAAAAUAUUGGAAUAAGAAAACACUACAUUAGUUCUUAAAAUCAAGGAAAUAAGCAGCUUAUUCUUGGAAUGGAGUUCUACUUAUUCUAAGAUCCAAGGCUACAACCAAUUAGUAGAACGUCUCAAUCAAUCUAUUUCUCAAAUCUAAAUUAGCUCUUCUUAAAGCAUCGUUAGAUACUCCACUCAAGUUCCUAGAAACUGA